AUGAGUAUUGGAAAACAUAUAUUAGCUAAAUUUAACGAAAAAAUACAGAAACUAUAUAAUUUGGAAGACGUACCAGCAUUGGAAAAUAUAUGUUAUUCUGUUAAUAAAAAACAUACUUUUAAUAUUAGUUACGAGAAUGAAGAUAAAACUAAAAAAAAACAAAAACUUGAAUCAAUAGUUAAAGCAUUAGACGAAGGAAAUAUUCCAAGAGAUUCUUAUAGACGUCUAUGUAACCUACCACGUGAAGGAGAAAUAUCUAAAGAACGUAUAAAUAUAAAUAAAAUAAUGGUCCAGCUCAUACCAAUAACAAUAAUAGAUAUAAAUACUAAAAGUCAAGUGGAUGAAUCUGAAGGAGUAGAUAUAGAUGAUGAAUCUAUAACACAAGAAGUAAUUAAUGCAGUUGUGGCUAUUUUAGAUGAUAAAAAUACUUCACACAAACCAGAUCAUCAUUAUAUGACCAUACUCUAUCCUGGAUGUGAAGAUUACAACUUUCUAUCAAAUGCAAUGACUCGAUUCUGCCAUGAUCUAAGAAAUUUAAAAGAAGGACUGGUAAUUGAUAAUGUAAAGUGGAAUUUUCAAUUUUAUUUUUCAUUUGACUGGAAGUUCUUAGCAAUCUGUUUGGGUUUUAAUAGCACUCAUAGUAAAAAUUUCUGCCCUUGGUGUACAAUUGAUAAAUCACAACAAGGAGAUCUAUCAAAAGAAUGGAAGAUUAUUAAAGAAAUAGAUAAGUUAGUUGAACAAAAUAAUUACUAUAAAGGACAUAUAAGAAAACCACUUUUUGAUAUAAUACCUUUUAAUCACUGGGUUCCUGAUGAAUUGCACAUUAUACUUAGAAUUACUAAUCAUUUAUGGAGUCUUAUGAUAGCAGAAUUAACAGAAUAUAGUUUGUUUAAUGAUACUGCAUGA